GCUGCGGGCAGAGGCAGGAGCCGCGGAGCAGGCAGCGGGAGGAGGGGGAGCGCGCUGCCGCUGCCGCCGCACCGGCAGAGGGGACGCCGCCGCCGUCGUCGCCGCCGCUUGAGCAGCCGCAGGCCUUCUGAUGCUAAUGUCUGACACAGCUGGAGAAGAGCAUGUCCAUCUUUUCGAUGACAACAAAACCCAACCUCCAGAAACCUACACAGCUGUGGAAUGCUGUGAAGACUCACUGCCCUGCAGUCGUAGGCAGACUCCUCUCCAGAUUAUCUUCAUCCGAAGGAAGCUCAUAUCCAAGAGAGUUCCCGGUCUUCCAACAUGAACCCUGUUUACAGCCCCGUCCAACCUGGGGCUCCCUACGGAAACCCGAAGAACAUGGCGUAUACAGGUUACCCGACGGGCUAUCCCACCGCUGCCCCAGCCUACAACCCAAACAUGUACCCAACCAGCAGCCCCGGCUACGCCCCAGCUACACUUCUGAUGAAGCAAGCCUGGCCACAGACCUCCUCCUCCUGUGCCACGGAGGGCACCUUCCACCUCCCCGUGGACACCGGGACCGAGAACAGAACUUACCAGGCUUCUUCUGCAGCAUUCAGGUACACUGCGGGGACUCCCUACAAGGUCCCACCGGCCCAGAGUAACAACGCACCUCCUCCCUACUCACCGUCUCCGAAUCCGUACCAAACCGCUAUGUACCCCAUCAGAAGUGCCUAUCCACAGCAGAACCUGUACACCCAGGGAGCUUAUUACACCCAGCCAGUGUACGCGGCACAGCCUCACGUUAUCCAUCACACUACCGUGGUUCAGCCCAACAGCAUCCCAUCGGCCAUCUACCCGGCCCCGGUUGCUGCGCCCAGGACCAACGGUGUGGCCAUGGGGAUGGUCGCUGGGACCACCAUGGCAAUGUCAGCAGGAACCUUGUUGACCACCCCACAACACACCGCCAUCGGAGCACAUCCAGUUUCCGUGCCAACGUACAGGGCUCAAGGAACCCCCACCUACAGCUACGUACCUCCACACUGGUAAACCCACUGGCCAAUUCAUAUCCAGAGUCAAACAUUGUAUGCAACUACACAAGUCUUACAUCGGUGCUGUGGCCGCUGUACUGCAGCACCUCGUCUGUUUGCAAGAACAAAAGAAAAAAAAAAAAAAGUGCAAGGGUCACUUUAUGCAUUCUUAGUGGUUUUUGUAAAAGCUGCUUUUUCUAAUCUUCUGCCUCUUUUUUUUUUUUCCUCUCCCCCUUCCUCCUCCCCAACCCACAUAAAUUGUGUAACACACAUACUGACACUGAGCAAUAGUAAAGUUCUCUCUUUGGUCCUAUCAUUUGAAAGCUCAGAAUAUUCACUUUUCCAGCAUUGCCCAGCCGAGUGGUGCAAAGAUCCCCCACUUCUUGUUUGUUUGGGUUCUUUUCGUUAUUUUUCUGUUGUCGUUGUUGUUGACGAGAGCCUAGAUUCUCUUUGGCUAGUAAGAGUGGUUGAUGUUCAGGGUACUAUGUGAAAAGCACAGCGCUGGUAGGCAGGCUUAUUCCGAUUUGGUUUGGGUAUUUUUAGUUGAAUAAUAUAAAUUAUUUAAUCUUCCAUAACAUAUUACAAGAAAAUUGGUGUCUUCCAGAUAGCUGUCGUGAUAGAUUAUAAAUCCAUUAUCUGCAGUGAAAUUCUGAACUCAUCCCUUCUUUUGUAGGAGUAAGAGAAUAUAAAUAUAAUUAGCGAUGUAACACACUUGUCUUAGGAGGUAGGAGGACUGGUCACCAUUGGGUCUUUGGUCUGCUUUUUCCAACUGGGCAAACGGAUCUUGCAUGGUAGGAAGCGAGCAGCAGAGAGAUGUGUGCCCUGGUAGCAUCUUGCACCUCUUGGGCAAAUGAGAUGCUCCCCAUCAGCCGCAUCCUGGGGCUGCGUGAGGUGGAAGUAGCUCUUUCCUUGCAUGGCUACCGUUUGCAGGCAGAGAUGUGCCGGGCGGCUGUUGAAGGAAGCAAGGAGAUGUCCAAGGGUUGGUAUCAAGAGCUUCUCCAGGUCCAGAGUGUUGGUCUGAAGAGCUUCUCCAGGUCCAGAGGUUGGUCUGAAGAGCUCCGGGUCCAGAGUGUUGGUCUGAAGGGCUUCUCCAGGUCCAGAGUGUUGGUCUGAAGAGCUUCUCCAGGUCCAGAGUUUGGUCUGAAGAGCUUCUCUGGGUCCAGAGUGUUGGUCUGAAGGGCUUCUCCAGGUCCAGAGUGUUGGUCUGAAGGGCUUCUCCAGGUCCAGAGUGUUGGUCUGAAGGGCUUCUCCAGGUCCAGAGUGUUGGUCUGAAGGGCUUCUCCAGGUCCAGAGUGUUGGUCUGAAGGGCUUCUCCAGGUCCAGAGUGUUGGUCUCAAGAACUUCUCCAGAGUCUGGUGGUGUGGAUAAAGAGGGCAGCUGGUUGAUAGAGGAGUCUUUGAGGCAGGGUGAGGAGGACAAUGGUGGCUUCACUUUACACCUGUGUCAUUGGCAGGGCUGAGACCAAACUGCGACACCUUCGUGGCAGUUAAGGUGCCCUGCCCCUGCUUCUUUGGGAUACAGCUGGGCUCAGAGACUUCCAGGAGAAAUGUUCAUCCAAGCACAAAUCCCAGCUCCAUAGAGAGAGGCCGGAGAGGGGGACGAGGUCUGGCUGCUCUGCUUGGUGAGUGGAGAGAAGGUAGGGGGAGGAGGAAGCAAUAGCAAUAAACAUGUCGCCUUCCUCCUGGGAAGGCACCUGAGAAAAGGCAAGAGCAAGGAAGGUGAUCCACAGCUGACAUGGACGGGGCUGGGAGGCAACAGGCACGCAGAGGCUGUGGGGAUCGGGGUAAUUUCUGGGGGUUUUGGCUUACCCAAGGGCACAAGGACAUGAAGCUGACUGCAGUCAAUGACUUCCUACCUUGGGGUGUUCAAGUAGAGCAAUAAGUUGUCUUGAGGGCAGCAGAGAGUUCGUAUUCACAGACAGUGCUUGCAGCCAGUUUAUUUUAAAAUUCUUAUCACUAAACGCAGCAUAGAAAUAAGG